CGCGGUGAUCAGCUGUGUAUCUGCGGCUGCUUGCUGGUGGUUGAUACGUCCACUGUAACUUCAAAAUGCAGGCUCACGAGAUCCGAAAGCAGAAAACCAACAUGGUUGAGUGAGGAUGAGACUACCCAGCUCUGUCCUUGUGUCGGUCUCUUUGUUUACGGCCGAGACGACGGCUGCUCUGUAUCUGAGCAGCACUUAUCGCUCCGCUGGUGAUCAGAUUUGGCAGUGUUUUACGCUCCUCUUCACGCUUGUGCCAUCCGUGCUGGUGCAGCUCACACUGAUAUUUAUUCACAGAGACCUGAGCAGAGACAGACCUCUAGUGCUGCUGCUUCAUAUAUUACAGCUUGGACCAAUAAUAAGGUGCCUUGAUGCCUUCUGUAUCUACGGCAGCGCCGGAAAAGUGGAGGAGCCGUAUGUCACCAUCACCCGUAAGAAGCAGAUUCCCCGGGAAGGGCAGACCGAAGAGGUGGAGCAGGAAGUGGGACAGGCGGAAGGGAAGUUAGUCACCCACAGGGCUGCUUUUGCCAGGACCUCGGUCAUACAGGCCUUCCUGGGCUCUGCACCCCAGCUCACGCUGCAGCUCUACAUCUGUGUGCUGCAGAAAGGGGUAUCCAUUGGUAGAGGUACUCUGAUGGUCAUUUCCCUUCUCUCGAUUGUAUACGGAGCCCUACGCUGCAAUAUUCUCGCCAUAAAGAUACGCUACGACGAUUACGAAGUCUCCGUGCGUCCGUUGGCAUACCUGUGCGUGUUCCUGUGGCGAGGGUUUGAGAUCGCCACACGCGUGGCCGUCCUGGUCCUUUUCAGCUCCGUGUUGAAGGUAUGGGUUCUUCCGGUGGUGUCGGCCAACUUCAUCCUGUUUUUUCUACACCCGUGGGUUCUCUUCUGGAGCAGCAGCUCUCCAUUCCCAGAGAACAUUGAAAAGACGUUGACCCGUGUCGGGACCACUAUCGUCCUUUGCAUGCUGACCUUCCUGUACGCCGGCAUCAACGUGUUCUGCUGGUCGGCCGUUCAACUCCGAUUGGAUGACCCUGACCUGAUCGAUAAGGGUCAGGCGUGGAGGCGCCUCGCUGUGUAUUAUUCCCUUCGAUUUGUCGAGAACACAGGGCUGACUUUGAUGUGGUACAUCCACCGGACUGAGUUCUACCAAUGGGUGGACGCCCCCGUGUUAGAAAUAUCGCUGUUAUUGGGUUACGCCACAGCUGUGUUCUUCAUGUUGCUCUUUUACCAGUUUUGCCAUCCUUGCAGGCAACUCUUCUCAUCUAGUCCAGCCCAAGGCUUUUGGGAGUGCUGUGGAUCCCUCUGCCUGCUUCGUGGGACAAUUUCUCAGUCUGGCUCCAUGAGGACCAAGCCACAAGGGAAAGACACUGGAGACGAUCCACCCUGCGGUACCAAAGGGGACAUCGGGCAGAGUUUGUGUGGUGCCGUGUGAGCAAAGCACAUCUUAAAGGAAUAGAUCAGCUAAAAAUGACGAUUCUGUCAUCGUUUACUAACCUUUAUGUCAUUAGAAAUCUGUAGGACUUUCUUCUUCUCCAGAAGGUAUUUUGAAAAAUGCCUCCAUGUGUUUUGUACUGAAAUACGUAGUAGAAAUCCCAUUAAAGAUUUACGUUAUUUUAAAAAAUCCACAUUGUUUUGUACAUAUUUUGGACUAUGGGGGCGCCAUUAUUUUGAUUAUGUAAAAUGUUUGCACUUGGUGAGAUAGCGGCACUACCUGUUGCUAUUCUUACCACAACUCGGAAAAUAAAAUACUAAUACAAUGCCACAUUGUGCGGCUUUUGGUUGUAAUUUUCAGUCGAAGGACAACAAGAGAAGCGAUAUAAGUCUUCAUUGCUUUCCUAGCAAAAAGAAGAGGAGAAAAGAAUGGGAAGAUGCCUGUGAAUGAAUGAAACUACCUAAAGACCUGCGUCUUUGUUCUCUACACUUCAGCCCUGAUGCCACUGAGGCUUUUAGUAGACCACAGCUACUGAAAGUGCUUACAAACGGCAGAAACAAGAAACGCUAGAUGCCAUCCAGGCAGGAUGUAAACAUGCCGACGCCUGUCAUGAUGGCACAGCAUGGAUUUUACUUGAUAUCUGGGGGCGUUUAGACUUGUGGAGGAAAAUCUAUGGUUCAGCAUUUGGUUUAAGCGUAGGCUUAUAUCCUGUAAGUAGCUGUGGUCAUUGUAUCAGUAUUUUUUCCAAGUUUCUUAUUCUGAGUUUUGUUGCGGUAUAUAUAGAAACAGGUCGAAAUAAUGGCGCCCCCAUAGUCCAAAGUAUGUAUAAAACAAUGUGGAAUUUUUAAAUUGUUUAUUUAUUCUCCUAUUCUUAUUGCUAGGAAAGCAGUGAAGACUUAACAUUGCUUCUCUUGUUGUCCUUCGAAUUAAAAUUACAACUAAAAGCUACACAAUGUGGCAUUGUAUCAGUAUUUUACUUUCUGAGUUGUGUUGCGGUAAAAAUAGCAACAGGUAGCAUCAGUAUCUCACAGAGUGCGACAUUUCACGUCAUGGAAAUAAUGGCGCCCCCCAUAGUCCAAAAUAUGUAUAAAAUGAUGUGGAUUUUUAAAUUGUUUAUUUACUCUCCUAUUCUUAUCGCUAGGAAAGCAGUGAAGACUUAACAUUGCUUCUCUUGUUGUCCUUCGAAUUAAAGUUACAACUAAAAGCCACACAAUAUGGCAUCGUAUCAGUAAAAUGAUGGGGAUUUUUAAAUUGUUUAUUUAUUCUCCUAUUCUUAUUGCUAGUAAAGCAGUAAAGACUUACAUCGCUUCGCUUGUAGUCCUUCGACUGAAAAUUAUAAUGUGGUGCACAAUGUGGCAUUGUAUCAGUGUUUUAUUGGUAAAAAUAUAUAAUAUAUAUAAUAGAUAGUGGCAGUAGCACACCGAAGGCAACCAUUUUACAUAAUGAAAAUAAUAGCGUCCCCCAUAAUCCAAAAUAUGUAUAAAACAAUGUGGAUUUUUAAAUAACGUACAUUUUCAUGGGUUUUCUACUACAUAUAUAAGAGACAUCAUUUAUGUUAUAUUAAGUCUUAAUGGGGUCCAGUGUUUUUUGAACUCCACUGACUUUUAUUGCAUAAACAAAAGCAGUCUUAAAUAAAAUAUCCUCUCUUGCAUUCUACAGAAGAACUCAUGCAGAACUGUGUAUUUUUCCAUUUGGAACAUGAGGGUGAGUAAAUGAUGACAGUAUCUUUAUUUGUGGAGGAAUGUUCCCUUUAAAAACAUUGUGUGAAGUGCCCUUUAAGGAUCUGAAGGGAGAGAUUUCUGCCUUGAUGUGUGAUGGUGGAAUGUAAAAGUCAACGUUUGUUGGACUUUGAGAUGAAAAUACUUUUUCUUGUUUGGUUUACAAAGCAAACGAGCCAGCAUGUUCCACUGAAGUGCAUGUGAAAAUUCCCUAAUAAGACGAAACCGCUGCUUUUGUCAUGUGAUGUGGGAGCGCUCUGUCCCCUGUGCGGUGGUUUGAUUAAUGUUAUAGCUUCUACGCUGUCUCUGUGUCUGGAUUAUUUAAAGCGGAUUUAUUUAAAAGAUUGUAUUUGCUUGAGUUAUAAGCUGUUGAUUUUUUUCCCCCAUCACCUUGAGGGCAUUGCUUUCUGAAAAAUGUUUGAAAACCUCUCAGGUUUAUUAUUUAUACUUUCUUCUAGUUUAUCUUAUACUGUGUUUAAGACUGUGAAUUAGUCCUGAUUGGUCAUGUGAUAGUGUCCUACAUAUGGCCUAAAUUGCCUGAAACUGCUUUCAAUUUAUGAAUGGUGAGAAUUACAGUUGGGUUGCCAGGACCUUCAUAAUCCUGCAAAGAUUGUUUUUUCUUUCCUUUGUUUACACUCCUGUUUUGCACUUGUCUCAUCUGGGACCUCUUUUGCACAUUAUUCUGAUUUUUCCUACAAAAACAAACAAAAAGGUCAUUCUUUUUAUUGAGGGCAGUAGAUGAUUGUAUCUUAACUUUACUGCCCCCCUGUGGGGAGUCGAAUGGUUUGAAUUUAUUCAUUUUUUUCAAGACUUUGUGAUCAGUUACAUCUGGAAAGUCCCUCAGAAGAUGUCCUUAAGCACUGUAUAGAGCACAUCACUGCUUUUGAUAUGUGCAACUGUCAGCAAAACCUAUAAUAAAAUAAAGGAGAAUGA